AUGGAAAAACAAGUUCAAAGUUUCACUUGGAAGAACAUCAUCACUCGAUUCGGGAUUCCAAGGGCCAUCAUCACCGACAAUGGAGCUCAGUUCAACAACGCCAAAUUCAAAGCCUAUUGCCAGUCGUAUGGGAUACAAUUAAAGUUCAGCUCAGUGGAACACCCCCAAACCAACAGUCAAACUGAAGUAAUGAAUCAAGCGAUUUUAGAGGGCCUCAAGAAGAGGAUCACGGGCGUGCACGGAGCCUGGGUGGACGAGCUGCCGAGCGUCCUAUGGGCAAUGUGGACAACCCCAAAAACUGCUUCAGGAGAAUCUCCGUUUAGCCUCGCGUUCGGAAUCGAAGCAGUCCUCCCACCUGAAGUGGUGUUUUCAACCUUGCGUACCUCCGGCUACGAACAAGCAGGUUCCGAGGAGGGCCUGAGAGCACACCUGGACCUCCUCGAAGAAAGGAGAGCCGAGGUACACCUACGCACUUUAGCGUACAAGAAGGCCGUAGCUCGGAUAUACAACCGCAAGGUUCACCCUCGACCAAUCAAGGUUAGGGAUCUCGUCCUUCGAAAGGCCGAGGUAAGCGACCCGACCCGAGCAAGAGGCAAACUCGCGCCCAACUAG